AUGGAGAAUUUCGUCGACGAGAGUGGUGGUUUCGUUCCUCUAAACCAAAACAUCUUCACACGUGACCAAGAACACAUGAAAGAAGAAGACUUCCCAUUCGAAGUCGUCGACCAAUCAAAACCCACAAGCUUCCUUCAAGACUUUCACCAUCUUGAUCAUCAUCAUCAGUUUGAUCAUCAUCAUCAUCAUCACCAAGGCUCAUCAUCUUCAAACCAUUUGCUAGGUCUCCAAACGACGUCUUCUUGCAUCAACAAUGCUCCUUUCGAGCAUUGCUCUUACCAAGAAAACAUGGUCGAGUUUUAUGAAUCUAAACCACAUUUGACGAUGAACCAUCAUUUCCAAGCUCCGGAAAAUCCAACGUACUUCACUCGUAAUCAUCACCAUCAUCAUCAUCAAGAGAUCAAUUUGGUCGAUGAACAUGAACAUAUGGAUUUGGAGCAAAACAACAUGAUGAUGAUGAGGAUGAUCCCUUUUGAUUACCCUCCUACUGAGACCGUCAAACCUAUGAACUUGGUGAUGCCAGAUGAGAUUUCAUGUGUUUCUGCGGAUACUGAUUGUUAUAGAGCGACGAGUUUCAACAAGACCAAACCAUAUCUUACACGAAAGUUGUCUUCUUCAUCUUCAUCAUCAUCAUGGAAAGAAAAGAAAACGUCAACCUUAGUCAAAGGACAAUGGACUGCUGAAGAAGACAGGAUAUUGAUUCAACUCGUGGACAAGUAUGGAUUGCGUAAAUGGUCGCAUAUCGCUCAAGUGUUACCGGGAAGGAUCGGGAAACAAUGUAGAGAGAGGUGGCAUAACCAUUUGAGACCUGACAUUAAGAAAGAGACAUGGAGUGAAGAAGAGGACAGAGUGUUGAUUGAAUUUCACAAAGAGAUUGGAAACAAAUGGGCAGAGAUUGCAAAAAGACUCCCUGGAAGAACAGAGAACUCAAUCAAGAACCAUUGGAACGCUACAAAACGAAGACAGUUCUCUAAAAGAAAGUGUAGGUCUAAGUAUCCAAGACCUUCUCUGUUGCAGGACUACAUCAAGAGCUUGAACUUGGGAGUUCUGUCAGCUUCAUCUGUUCCUGCAAGAGGUAGACGCAGAGAGAGUAACAAGAAGAAGGAUGUUGUGGCUGCGGUUGAGGAGAAGAAGAAGGAUCAAGAGGAGAUCUAUGGAGAAGACAGGAUUGUGCCUGAAUGUGUGUUCACUGAUGACUUUGGAUUCAAUGAGAAGUUGCUUGAGGAAGGAUGUAGCAUUGACUCUUUGCUUGAUGACAUUCCUCAGCCUGACAUUGAUGCUUUCGUUCACGGAAUCUGA